UAACAGGCAGCUUCCCCACACAACAGCUCCUCAUGUGAACAGCUUGACUUUUAAGCAAAAAUCAACUCUACACCAAGGAGUAGCCUGGUCCCCAGAGUCAGGAAACAUUGUGCAAAUUGAAGAAUCACUGCCAAAGGGAAGUUGUGUGCAUCUCCAGCUAGCUGCCGCAGUUAAAUGGGAGCCCUGCUUCCUCCUGGGGGAGCAUUUCUGCUGGCCGCAGGGCUUUGGCCACCUAUAAAGCUUGGCAAUGGGAAGUAAAGAAUCCCUCAAGGAGGAAGCCUUCUUGGGCAGCACAGAAGACAGAGCCGACUUUGACCAAGCCAUGUUCCCUGUGAUGGAGACCUUCGAAGUCAAUGAUCCGGUACCCAAGAAGAGAAAUGGGGGGACCUUCUGCAUGGCAGUCAUGGCUGUCCACCUGAUCCUGCUCACGGCAGGUACUGCACUGCUGCUGAUUCAAGUUCUCCAUCUGCAGGAGCAUCUCCAGAUGCCAGGAAUGUGCUGUGGCAACGGAUCGCUAGCUGCCGAGGACAAUCCACUCUCCCUGCUGCAGUGGGCACAUCCCAAAACACAGCCGGUACCCAGAGCGCAGGGGCUGCAAGCCUUGCAGGCCCAGCUCAGUUGGGUCCACACCAGCCAGGAGCAACUACGACAGCAGGUCAACAACCUCACUCAAAAUCCAGAGUUGUUCGGGAUUAAAGGUGAACGAGGCUCUCCAGGUCCAAAAGGGGCCCCAGGUAGGCCUGGAAGCCCUGGCCUACCUGGGCCAUCUGCUGAGAAGGGAGAAAAGGGGGCUGCGGGUCGUGAUGGAACCCCAGGUGUCCCAGGACCCCAGGGCCCACCAGGCAGCAAGGGAGAAGCAGGCCUCCAGGGAUUCACGGGUGCACCGGGGAAGCCAGGAGCAGUUGGUGCUCCAGGACCUCAAGGAGAGAAGGGCAGCAAAGGUGACAAAGGUCUCACUGGCCCCAAGGGGGAACACGGCAUCAAGGGAGACAAAGGGGACCUAGGCCUUCCAGGAAACAAAGGAGACAUGGGCAUGAAGGGAGACACAGGGGCCAUGGGGUCCCCUGGAGCCCAGGGAGGUAAAGGUGAUGCUGGAAAACCAGGCCUACCAGGUUUGGCUGGAUCUCCUGGAACCAAAGGUGAUCAAGGAAAACCCGGAGUGCAGGGUGUUCCAGGCCCUCCAGGUGCACCAGGCCCUUCAGGUGCCAAGGGUGAGGCAGGACACACUGGUCCCCCUGGGCCAAGAGGACCCACAGGGAUUGCUGGGAAUCCAGGGCCUGCAGGUCUGAAAGGAAGCAAGGGAGACACAGGAAUUCAAGGACAGAAAGGCACAAAAGGAGAAUCAGGAGUCCCAGGCCUUGUAGGCAGAAAAGGAGACACUGGAAGCCCUGGGCUGGCAGGCCCCAAAGGAGAACCUGGACGAGCCGGUCUGAAGGGAGACCCUGGGAUGAACGGGUCUCCCGGCCAGCCAGGACAAAAGGGAGAAAAAGGUCAAAAAGGUGGAUCCAUCCAAGUCGUCCGGAUCGUGGGUAGCACCAACAGAGGUCGAGCUGAAGUUUACUAUAACAAUAACUGGGGGACAAUUUGUGACGAUGGUUGGGAUAAUAAUGAUGCCACUGUCUUCUGUCGCAUGCUCGGUUUCUCCAGCGGGAGAGGACUUACCAGCUUUGGAGGUGGCUCUGGGACUAUCUGGCUGGACGAUGUGAGCUGUCUGGGGACGGAGAGCAGUCUGUGGGACUGCGGGAAGAGCUCCUGGGGCUCUCACAAUUGCAACCAUAGUGAAGAUGCAGGCGUGGAAUGCCGCUGACUUGGGGGCCCGAGAGGGGUCAUCGGUGUGUCCCCAGGUGUCUUUGGGCUCCACCCACAUGGAAGUCUGUGGGCUCACUAACUUUGUUGAGGGGAAAUUAAUAAAGCUCAACUGGGGAUCUGA